AUGGUCGGAGAUGAGAUCGCGUCAUUUGCGCUGGACCCAAGCUGUCCUCUCGCGCCUUUGUCCAUUGGCUCGUUUGUGGCACCGGGACCGGCGCAGGAGCAGGGCGUGGCGGCCGGCUGGUACGUCGACUUGGUCGCCACUCUUGGAGGACCCUCGCGGUCGGAGUUGUCAGAGCUGCUGAAGACCCUCGGUGGCUGUGAGGUGAACAUCAAGGAUCUCAAUGCUCUGACGGAGGCCGUCUUUCGGAACAUUGCAGAAGUGCAGACCAGAUUCAACGAAGAUCUCCGUGCAAUGCGAGACAUCACCUUGAUCUUCACGAACAGCUGCUCGCCAAAGCAGGUGUUGGUUUUGCCUGAGGCACAUGUCAAGUUCCCUGAGACGACGGCCGCCUCGAGUGAGAUCCCUUGUUUUCAUCUGACAGCUGGAUCUCAUGCCUCUGAGCACCCUCCGGACACUGUUACGGUUGGACCUCACGGGUGCGAGCUCAAAAAAUUUGACAAUGGCUCUGUCACGUGGUGGUGCGACGACCGCUCUCCGCACUGCACGCGCGAGUCGGAGGGUCCAAAGGUGCGCUGGAGCUGCCGAACACACGGCUACGACAUGUGCCGCGGAUGUGUGAAGCACCACAUGACCAAUGCCAAGCCGUUGCCUGUCGGCUUGAAUGUCGAGCUCGCGAGUUU